AUGGUUGCCUGCUCUAUUCUGUCGUCUGAGUCUGGGGAUCGUGUCACAGCCUAUGAGAAGGACAGAACAUUGGAGAGAGAGAGAGAGUGACGUAAAUGGGUUGUCGUGCGGUGGGAGGGAUUAUUCUUACAUUAUCCAUUUAAUCGCUUUUUAAAGUCUAGGAGUCGUCAAUUAGGGUUAGGUAGUAGAUUCAGGUUCACUAUCAUCAUAGCCCGUCUAAAAGCGCACGGCACCGCAUCCCAACCGUCGCUCUGCACCAUAACGCGCUCCUGAUGAGCAGGGUCUUCCAUUCCAUCCUGAGUCCACCAACUGCCAGUUCAGUUGAGCAAACUAUGCAGAGGAGCGUCGGAAAUCGGAGUUGAUUUCGUUGGUUUUCUAUUAUUUAAACACCUGACUAAAUUGCACUAUUUGGAGAAAAACUCGGACAUCAUCCAACAUCAAUUCAGUUGGAUUUAAAGUUAUGGCACUAUCAGUGCUGUGCAGCAGUUUGCUUUUGCUAUGUGUGACAACUAUCCAUACUUGCCAUGGUGGCGAACAGAACUGCAUGGACAAACACCAGGUGGUUGGUGUUCUCCGUCAGAUGGAGAAGUUUCUGAAGGGCCAGGAGAUGAGGUUCACAGAGGGACUACGCAUCAUGAAGUCCAAACUGGCAACCCUACAGAACUCUGUGUCCAAGUUACCGCAGGCCGAUCAGUCGGCUGCUCCGUCCGUUUGCCCCUCCCUGGAAGCCCCUGUCCACGGAAGGAAGUUUGGCUCCAAGUAUUUUAUCGGUCAUGAGGUCCAUUUCACCUGUUUCCAUGGUUACCACCUGGUGGGCCCCGAGACACGUGUGUGUCAGGAGAACGGGAGUUGGAGCGGUGUCAACACCAUCUGUAAAGAUGUGAGUGAGUGCUCCAGUAACCCAUGCCAGAACGGAGGGACCUGUGUAGAGGGAGUAAACCAGUACAGGUGCACCUGUUCACAGAGCUGGAAUGGAUCCAACUGUCAGCACCAGACACAGACAGCGCCGCCAGAGUGGAGCGUCAUGAACGACCCGGCGUUCAGCAGACGUCCCCGCUGUGCCAAAGUGGACCGCGCCCAACACUGCAGCUGCGAUGCUGGCUUUCACAUGAGUGGGACAUCUGACAACAGUAUCUGCCAGGAUGUAAAUGAGUGUGAGGUGUACCGGCUGGACCAGGGGGGCAAGCUGUGUGUGUACGAGUGUGUCAACAUACCAGGCUCCUACCACUGCUCCUGCCCCAGCCACUAUAAGCUGCUGCCUGAUGGUAGGAGCUGUGAGGAUGUUGAUGAGUGUCUGACCCAGCAGCACAACUGCAGUAGAGGAACAACAUGUAUCAACACAGGAGGAGGGUUCCAGUGUGUGAGCCCGGAGUGUCCCCGAUCACACGGCAACAUCAGCUACGUCAAGACGUCUCCCUUUCAGUGUGAGAGAAACCCCUGCCCUAUGGAUAGUCGUUCCUGUCACCUGGCUCCUAAGACGGUCUCCUUCCACUACCUCUCCCUCCCCUCCAACCUCCAGACACCGGCUACCCUGUUCCGCAUGGCGACCGCAGCCGCCCCCGGCCGCCCCGGCCCCGAUAGCCUGCGAUUCGGCAUUGUCGGGGGCAACAGCCGCGGGAUGUUCGUGAUGCAAAGGUCGGACCGCCAGACGGGCGAAUUAAUCCUAGUUCAGAGGUUAACAGGACCACAGGAUAUCAGCGUUGAUGUGGACAUGUCCGAGUAUAGUGAUCGCACCUUCCAGGCUAAGCAUGUAGCGAAGGUGCAUGUUCUGGUAUCAGCGUAUAACUUCUGAGGAGGAUGGACGGACAGAGGAACGAGUGACAGGGACAGAGGGAGGGAGAAGAGGAACGAGUGAGAAGGAGAGAGGGAGAAGGACGGAGAGAGGGAGAAGGACGGAGAAAGGGAGAAGAACGGAGAAAGGGAGGAGGAGAGAGGGAGAAGGACAGAGAGAGGGAGGAGGGCGGAGAGAGAAGGAGAAGGACAGAGAGAGGGAGGAGGACUGAGAGAGGGAGGAGGGCGGAGAGAGAAGGAGAAGGACGGAGAGAGGGAGAAGGACGGAGAAAGGGAGAAGAACGGAGAAAGGGAGAAGGACAGAGAGAAGGAGAAGGACGGAGAGAGGGAGAAGGACAGAGAGAGAAGGAGAGAGAAGGGAGAAGGGAGGAGAGAGGGAGGAGGACGGAGAGAGAGAGGGAGAAGUUGGAAUGAAACGACAGAGCGGGAGAAGAACAGAAUGGUUUGGACUGACGUCGAUUAUGAAGUAUAUGAAUGAGGAUGGAACUGAAAUGAAUGAAUGGUGUACUGAGUGAGUUAAUUACUGAAUAUGAGUGAGUGGGUGAGUGAGUAAACAUUUGUAAAGCAAACUAACAGAGUGGUAAUGGAAUGGUAAUAUUAUGCUGUUGUUUUUACUUUCUUCUCUUUGAUUGGCUCAGGAGUUGGGCCCUGAGGUUGCCAUGGUGACCGAAGGCUCUGCUCGUAUAUAUACAAUGACAUUGUGUAGAUCAGUUUAAAGGCCCACUCUGUUCCUUUAAAGCUGUUUAUCAAAACGGCUGAAAAUAUCACAGAACCCCCAGAACCCCUGAAUGCGUCCAAAGUGGCACCCUAUUCACUAUUAAAUAAACUACUUUUUAGUGCACUAUGUAGGGAAUGGGGUGCCAUUUGGGACAUAGACCCUUUAAAACAUGAAGCACUCACAUGGCCCUGAUUUAUAAGAAUAUGUUGUUGUUGUUGUUUAUUUUGACAUACUCAGUGAUUCAAUGCAGUGUGAUUUUACCUUAUAUCAGGUACAGAUGUUUUUACUGGCUUGCUUUGUGAUUAUAGGACCAAAACUCUAAGAACAACUUAAGGCGGUUUGGAUUUAGUUUUUAACAAUAGUAUUGUACUCUGACAUAUUUCUAGUAUCAUAUUGGGCUAUUUAGAUAUGAUGUAACUAUUACAGGGUAACUACAGUGAUUUGGCAGCCUUGCCAAUGCAGUGUACAAUAUUAUCUGAUGUUUUAAGGAGUCUUUAUUAUCACACAUAUCUAUUUCUCCUGAAAUAAAGACCGUCCUUCGCUACUACUUUUACCUAAUUUACACCCAACAAAUCAGUUAGUUUGACCUGAUUUACACCCCGUGUCCCUAUCCCACAACACAUCAGUUAGUUUGACCUGAUUUACACCCCGUGUCCCUAUCCCACAACACAUCAGUUAGUUUGACCUGAUUUACACCCUGUGUCCCUAUCCCACAACACAUCAGUUAGUUUGACCUGAUUUACAUCCCGUGUCCCUAUCCCACAACACAUCAGUUAGUUUGACCUGAUUUACACCCCGUGUCCCUAUCCCACAACACAUCAGUUAGUUUGACCUGAUUUACAUCCCGUGUCCCUAUCCCACAACAAAUCAGUUAGUUUGACCUGAUUUACACCCCGUGUCCCUAUCCCACAACACAUCAGUUAGUUUGACCUGAUUUACACCCCGUGUCCCUAUCCCACAACACAUCAGUUAGUUUGACCUGAUUUACACCCUGUGUCCCUAUCCCACAACACAUCAGUUAGUUUGACCUGAUUUACAUCCCGUGUCCCUAUCCCACAACACAUCAGUUAGUUUGACCUGAUUUACACCCCGUGUCCCUAUCCCACAACACAUCAGUUAGUUUGACCUGAUUUACAUCCCGUGUCCCUAUCCCACAACACAUCAGUUAGUUUGACCUGAUUUACACCCCGUGUCCCUAUCCCACAACACAUCAGUUAGUUUGACCUGAUUCACACCCUGUGUCCCUAUCCCACAACACAUCAGUUAGUUUGACCUGAUUUACACCCCGUGUCCCUAUCCCACAACACAUCAGUUAGUUUGACCUGAUUUACACCCCAUGUCCCUAUCCCACAACACAUCAGUUAGUUUGACCUGAUUUACAUCCCGUGUCCCUAUCCCACAACACAUCAGUUAGUUUGACCUGAUUUACACCCCAUGUCCCUAUCCCACAACACAUCAGUUAGUUUGACCUGAUUUACAUCCCGUGUCCCUAUCCCACAACACAUCAGUUAGUUUGACCUGAUUUACAUCCCGUGUCCCUAUCCCACAACACAUCAGUUAGUUUGACCUGAUUUACGUCCCGUGUCCCUAUCCCACAACACAUCAGUUAGUUUGACCUGAUUUACACCCCAUGUCCUUAUCCCACAACACAUCAGUUAGUUUGACCUGAUUUACACCCCAUGUCCCUAUCCCACAACACAUCAGUUAGUUUGACCUGAUUUACAUCCCGUGUCCCUAUCCCACAACACAUCAGUUAGUUUGACCUGAUUUACACCCCAUGUCCCUAUCCCACAACACAUCAGUUAGUUUGACCUGAUUUACAUCCCGAGUCCCUAUCCCACAACACAUCAGUUAGUUUGACCUGAUUUACACCCCAUGUCCCUAUCCCACAACACAUCAGUUAGUUUGACCUGAUUUACACCCCAUGUCCCUAUCCCACAACACAUCAGUUAGUUUGACCUGAUUUACAUCCCGUGUCCCUAUCCCACAACACAUCAGUUAGUUUGACCUGAUUUACACCCCAUGUCCCUAUCCCACAACACAUCAGUUAGUUUGACCUGAUUUACAUCCCGUGUCCCUAUUCCACAACACAUCAGUUAGUUUGACCUGAUUUACAUCCCGUGUCCCUAUCCCACAACACAUCAGUUAGUUUGAUCUGAUUUACACCCCAUGUCCCUAUCCCACAACACAUCAGUUAGUUUGACCUGAUUUACACCCCAUGUCCCUAUCCCACAACACAUCAGUUAGUUUGACCUGAUUUACAUCCCGUGUCCCUAUCCCACAACACAUCAGUUAGUUUGACCUGAUUUACACCCCAUGUCCCUAUCCCACAACACAUCAGUUAGUUUGACCUGAUUUACAUCCCGUGUCCCUAUCCCACAACACAUCAGUUAGUUUGAUCUGAUUUACACCCCAUGUCCCUAUCCCACAACACAUCAGUUAGUUUGACCUGAUUUACACCCCAUGUCCCUAUCCCACAACACAUCAGUUAGUUUGACCUGAUUUACAUCCCGUGUCCCUAUCCCACAACACAUCAGUUAGUUUGACCUGAUUUACACCCCAUGUCCCUAUCCCACAACACAUCAGUUAGUUUGACCUAAUUUACACCCCAUGUCCCUAUCCCACAACACAUCAGUUAGUUUGACCUGAUUUACACCCCAUGUCCCUAUCCCACAACACAUCAGUUAGUUUGACCUGAUUUACACCCCAUGUCCCUAUCCCACAACACAUCAGUUAGUUUGACCUGAUUUACACCCCGUGUCCCUAUCCCACAACACAUCAGUUAGUUUGACCUGAUUUACAUCCCGUGUCCCUAUCCCACAACACAUCAGUUAGUUUGACCUGAUUUACAUCCCGUGUCUCUAUCCCACAACACAUCAGUUAGUUUGACCUGAUUUACAUCCCGUGUCCCUAUCCCACAACACAUCAG